AUGUCGCCAACAUUCUCCAGAGACACUUCCGGGACGAACAACGCGGGCGCGAGCACCACAUCUUCCACCAUGUACGAAGCUGUGGCAGGCACGGCGCAACGCAUCUAUCCCAUCGCCUCGAAUGUGGUCGGUGAGAUGACGGGCUUUGCUGCACUUUCGGAAUCCGAUUCGGCGCCCACGCAACCAACGCAGUCUGCACAACCAACCGAAUCGAACGAAGCGAACGAAUUGCCCACACGCGACUCGAGCGCAUCCGAUGGUGCCAACGAGCGCAUGGCGCGCCAUGACCACGACGAGGAGCAUCAGCGUGGACCGUCCGAGUCGUCGCGCGUCGACCAGCCACAGCACAAGAUCGGCACCGAAUCCGGCAUCCCCACCACCGCCGGCGCCGGCACCACACUCUCUCCGGACCAAGACGUUGCUCCUGCAGCGGACAAGGCCAAGCAAAAGCGCAACAACGCAGCCGUGGGUGUAGACUACUCGGACCAGCCAUGUCCCACCGCAGACGCACGCCGUCCCAAAGCCUCGAGCUCGCCAGCGGAGGGCAAGACGCAGUUUGUAGACCGCCACGAACAACUGCAUGGCUCCGAAAAAGGCUCGCAUCGCACAUCACAAAGCUUGCACCACCAAAAUCUAGAGCAAGAGCAAGAUCAAGGUCAAGAUCAAGACCAAGAGCAGGAUCAGGAACAGGAACAGGACCAGACGCAGCAGAAUUCAGCAGGGUGGAAGAACAAGCUCAAGGCCAACACCAAGCUCGCCGUGGGUAAGAUCACGCACAACCAGACCAAGAUUGAGGAUGCGCGCGCAAUGAAAGCCGGCACCACUCCAGCUGCAGUGUAA